UUGCAGCAUUAACUUUUAAUGUACAUGGAGCUGAAGAGUACUUUAUUAUUGUUUCUGCUCGCUCAGGAUUUGUACGUGUCAAGAAUUUCUACACAUCAUCAUUUCUAUCGUUUAGAAAUCAGUUAUGAAAUAUAUAAGUAACUGAGUGUGUAUUUACCCAAAUGUAAUUGGUCAAGUAUCUCGGUGUGACUAUUACAAUAAGAUCAGAAACUUAAUGUACUGUAGAAAUGGUAAAAAUAAAGGAACCUCAUCACAGACAGAAUUUACAUCAAGAUCCGACAGUCCCCUGUUGACUGGAAAUUCAGACGAUUCCGGCAAGAAUCCUCAAAGAAAAUUGUUACUAAUGUCGGAACGGAGUAGGUUUCUCACCUGUAUUAUUUUAGCUGCGAUUGUUAUUUGCGGCAUUUUAUCAAUGCUUAGGUCCACAGACACUGAACCAGAAAGAGAUCUGGAUAAUGUGUUAGCAGUGUUAUUUGACAAGGAGGCUAGUUCAUCCAGUGAAGUAAACCAGAAUGACAACCAGUUUAUAUCAGAUAACAAUUUUUACACAGUUAUCUUUGAUGGCGGUAGCACAGGAUCUCGAGUUCAUAUAUUCCAUUUUCGGAAACGCCAACAUGGUUCACUACCAUAUCUUGUAAAAGAGAUAUACAAUUAUACAAGGUUUGGUUUAUCCGCCUAUGCACAAAAUCCAGUUGAGGUUUAUCAGCUGUUUAUGAAAUCUCCGCUCCAUGUUGGACCGUUUGAGCAGUCCGUCACCAUUUUGGAAGGAGCGUAUGAAGGCAUUUAUUUAUGGCAAGCUGUUAAUUUUCUAAAAGGUUCAUUUAGUCCCUUAUCGGAAGGGUCAUCAGGGGUCAUUGACCUUGGUGGAGGCUCAAUUCAGGUGACUUAUUCACCACAAGAGCUCAAGUCUGUUAUUGAUAGAGUCGAUGACAGGGACAUACAAGAAAUUAACGUUUUUGGCAAAUCAUAUUUUCUUUUCGUUCAUAGUUAUUUAGGAAAUGGUCUACUAGUUGCUCUACAGGGAAUUUUAGAAAUUGAAAGUGCAAUGAACUCUGUACAAUCUACUAGAAAAGAUAAAAAUCAGGGAUUUUAUUCAAGUGUUUGCUUACCACCACUAUUUAGUGGCAAGUUUAAAUUUGGAGACAAAGAUACGACGGUCAGUGGUAUAGAACCUGUGGUGUCCGAAGAUGUUUAUGAACAAUGUACAGACUUAGCUAAGAUGUUCUUAGAUAAGAAACCUAUACAAACUCUGCCGGAAGGUACACGCACAGGUUCAUUCAUUGCUGCGGGGUAUUUUAUAAGCCGGGGGACAAAGUAUAAACUUGUAGAUGAAGCAAAUGCAGAAAUCAGUGUAACAGUUGGAGAGAUUAAGGAACACACAGAGAAAGCAUGCAAUUAUCUGAAUAUAUACACGAGUAAUCCUUUUGAGUGUUUGGAGUUGGCUUACAUUUCAUCGUUUCUUUCUUAUGGAUUUGGUUUACAUGACAGUGCACAGAUCCUGAUUCAAGAUAAAAUAAACAAUGUGGAAACAAGUUGGGCGCUGGGCGCUGCAUUUCAUAUUUUUCAGAAUUACAACAAUAAUCGCUAAGCAACAGUUUACUUUGAAUUUCCUGUUGCAAAAUUUUAAUAAGAUUGAUCUCUAAUUUAUUUUUGUAAAUUUGGUUAUGGUAAGUGGUAUUAAUGCAACGUCGCAUAGAUAUGCAAGUAUUAGUGUUCUACUCAAAAUGGUACAUUUGCUGUAAAUAUAAAUAAUCAAAUCAUUCUGUGCUAGUAGUUCUACUAACCAAGAAUUUCCAUUUUUCCAUUUUUUUAAAUUUAAGGAAUACUAAAAAAUGUUUAAAUAAAUGUUUAUUAUACUUCAGUGCAGUGCUUAUUAGAUAAUGGUUCGUAUGAAAAUUAAACCAAGGUGGUUUAUACUUACAAACUUUAGGGUUGUUUUGUUCCAAACUUUUGCUAAACUUGUUUCUGAAUUAGGCAAGACUUUCUUUAUACCUUGUUUCGCAAACUUAUGUUUUUUUAAAAUCGUUAAACGAGGGCAAGAAAAAUAUAAAAAUAUAAUUUUUGUUUUCCAAAUUAGCAAAAGGUUUUGCCAAAAACAUCCCGACGG